AUGGGAGAAAGAGAAAUAGAAAUCGAGAAAUCGACUUAUACAGUAAAUGGGGAAGAAUCGAUGAUGCACGCAACAUGUUUGAUAAAAUGCCUCAUCCGCCAUGAGGAUCGUUAUGAUUUAGGUUUCAGUUUAGCUUCCGAGACACCUCACAUGAUAAGUGCAACUGUUAAAGAACGCAGCCCUCCCAUUGAAGAAGUUAUUCAAUCCGGUGUUGUUCCUCGCUUUGUUGAGUUUCUUGUAAGGGAGGAUUUCCCACAACUUUAGUUUGAGGCUGCUUGGGCUUUGACUAAUAUUGCUUCGGGGACAUCUGAACACACAAAAGUGGUGAUUGAUCAUGGUGCUGUUCCAAUAUUUGUGAAGCUUCUUGCAUCUCCAAGUGAUGAUGUUAGAGAACAGGCUGUAUGGGCUUUAGGAAAUGUUGCUGGUGAUUCCCCUAAAUGUCGUGACCUUGUACUUGCACAAGGUGCUUUGAUUCCUCUACUAUCACAAUUAAAUGAGCAUGCUAAGUUAUCCAUGUUGCGAAAUGCCACAUGGACACUUUCAAAUUUUUGCAGAGGCAAACCACAACCUGACUUUUCACAGACAAAACCUGCACUUCCAGCUUUACAACAACUUAUUUAUUCAAACGAUGAAGAAGUUUUGACAGAUGCUUGUUGGGCUCUUUCAUAUCUUUCAGAUGGCACAAAUGAUAAAAUCCAAGCUGUUAUUGAAGCAAAUGUAUGUCCAAGAUUGGUUGAGCUAUUGAAUCACCCUUCUCCAUCUGUCCUUAUCCCUGCUCUUCGUACUGUUGGUAACAUUGUUACAGGAGAUGAUAUGCAAACUCAGUAUAUAAUCAAUCAUCAAGCUUUGCCUUGUCUUCUCAACUUGUUGACCAAUAACCACAAAAAAAGUAUCAAGAAAGAAGCUUGUUGGACUAUAUCAAACAUAACCGCUGGCAACAAGGAGCAGAUUCAGACAGUGAUUGAAGCAAAUAUCAUUGGCCCUCUUAUUCAUCUGCUUCAAAAUGCAGAAUUUGACAUCAAGAAGGACGCUGCAUGGGCUAUUUCUAAUGCUACUUCAGGUGGAAGCCAUGACCAAAUCAAGUAUUUGGUAAGUGAGGGAUGUAUUAAACCUUUGUGUGAUUUACUGAUAUGCCCUGAUCCGCAAGUGUUUGCAUAUGCAGUAAAUCCGCAAGUGCUUUUUGCCUCGAUUGUUAAUGUGAAAAAAAGAAUCAAAGUAAUUCAUCAUACUACAAAUGGAAGUGGAAUGAAUUACAAGAUUAAAGAUUUGAGACUUUAA